UCAAGCACAGAGAACGGACUCAAGGCCAGGUUAUUCUUGACUUUCCGCGUCUGUGUCCAUCUCCAUCUAGCACAUGUAAUGUAGCAAAACUCUCUAAACUCACAUGAGAAAUGAGGAUCAGACUAGCACUGUGGAAAAACAUUUUCAGAAUGUUCUAGAGAAUCUUCCUCAAUUUUUUUACGAAGCUUAAAUCAAGCAGGAAUUCAAAACACCAUCCUCAAAUUGGAAGAAAAGAACAGAAAGAGGUGUAUGCUGUGUUAGGAAAAGAGGAGAGAACUGCUGGAAUCCACGUCAUCUGAUCAGCAUGAGCUUAAACAGCACACUGGAGAAGGGGGCUCAUCACCAGGUCCUUGAUCUCUCGGAGGAGCUUCCAAACAACAGCCACCACCACACCCUCCAGCACACACACUCUGACUUGUCCAAUGGGCCAGCUAGAACCCCAACUAAUGGCCCUGGGGUGGUUGUGCCACCACCUUACUCUGCAGGAGAGGCCAGAGGAGGCAAUCCUCCGCUUGAGCUGCGGGGCUCUCUUGACUGCUGGGCAUGUUCGGUGUUAGUGACGGCACAGAACCUGGUGAUCGCGACCAUUAAUGCCUGCCUGGCUGGGUUGGUUUUUGGUAUGAUCCUUACGCCUGCUAUUGUCAUGGUGGUGUUCGGCUUUCUCUGCCAUUCAACGGUGCGCCCACAUGGUACAACCUCGUUCUGCUCAGACCUGCUUACCGAUGGUGGUUGUGUGGCGUUGCUGGUAGUUGGUUUCUUGCUGGUGACUCCACUCCUGGUUCUGGCUUUGGCUGCGUACUGCCGGCUUGCACGUCACCUUCAGCUGGGCCUGUGUUUUAUCCCUUACAGCCGUGCCGUCUACAAGAACCUUCCUGCUACCCAGCACCGUGGUCUAGGAGGGGGUUGCUGUGGACAGAGAGCUGGGAAAGGAGGGGGAAAGGUGUGGGUGUAGAACGAGAUUACAUUAAUGCAGUAUUAGAAAGAAAUAUUAAUGUGCAAGAAUACACUAUGUAAUGCAGACCUAAAUAUGGGCACAUAAAAUGUAGAAAUAUUUUUACAUGUAUAGAGAGAAGGGGAUUUAAAAAUGAUCAACCUGAUGUAUAACAAGCAACACUUUUUAUGUCACCGAAAACAUACUUAUCAAGCUGUUUUAUUAAUUUGUCUAAAAUUGUUAUACACAGGUUGUAUGUAAUUUUUCUAAAUACGUGUAUUACAUUAAACAAAGUGUUGUGGGUACUAGGUGUCAUUAAGUCAUGUUGUCUGGGGUUGCAACUUUGUUUGAAUACUACAAGUAGCCUAGAACACCACCAAACUGAAUUGUAUUAUAAAAACCCUGAGAUGGCUUUCCUUCAACAUACCCUACACCAGUACACUAAAAUCAGCUACAUUUGAAUAUAACAUUUUUAAUAUGUACAUAUUUUAUUACAAAUACAAUAUGUUUCUUCAUAAAAACAUUAUAUUUAUAUUCUUAUAAUCAAUGGUUUCAAA